CCCGUGGUGUGUGUUUACAAUGUGUUUGCCUUGUGUGUUUGCUUGGUGUAUGUAUGUGGAUCAGGUGCCGAGGUUGCUGGUGAAUGCGCCUGUGCGGUGGCCCCGCAGGGCCCAGCGGAGCCGGAGCAGCCGAGACGGCUUGGGUUGCAAAGACGGCGGCAACCGCGAAGCCAAGACCGCAGCUCGGAGUGGAAGGGAGUAAUUGCGAAUCGCUAAUUCUUUCUGGAAGAUGGCCGAGUCCGGAGUGGCGCGGGCCUCUCCGUCACACCAUCGGGCAGCAGGUAUGGAUGGAUUUCUAAAAACCAAUGAGAGACAAAGAUUAGCCAAGGAAAGAAGAGAAGAACGAGAGAAAUCACUUGCUGCCAGAGAACAGCAGAUCCUAGAAAAAGAAAGAAGAGCUAAACUCCAGUAUGAAAAACAAAUCGAAGAGCGGUGGAGAAAGUUGGAGGAACAGAGGCAGAGGGAAGACCAGAAGAGGGCUGCUGUUGAAGAGAAGAGAAAACAAAAGCUCAGGGAAGAGGAGCAACGCCUAGAAGCCAUGAUGCGGCGGUCCCUGGAGCGGGCUCAGCAGCUGGAGCAGAAGCAGAAGCGGUGGUCCUGGGGAGGAGCGCUGGCUUCCAGCUCAGGCUCUUCAGAAAGGGAUGGUGAAUCAGAAAAUACCCCACCCCCUCUUCUAGGUUUAGCAGCCAGCACCCUUCCUCCAGACCCUGUGACCUCUGGCGCUGCUACUGAUGACUCCAAUGCAUGUGACAAACUUUCAGCAUCUACAAUGAAUCUUCCAAAGCAGUUGGAGUCCCCCAUCAGUAAGCGUCUGUCUUCCUCCACAGCAGCAAUUACGUAUUCCUCUGACAAAGCCCCAGGUAGUCCCUUUAAGUCUCCCUACAAGGCGCCUCCUGCCCGGAUCCCAGAGAGGAGAAAGAUGGUAUCCUGUGGUGCCGGGGAUGCCACAAAAGGAGCAGUUUCGUCUGAACAGACCGAGAAAGUAAAGAAGGAAAAGCGAACUCCAGCAUCUGUUUCCACAACUGGCCUUGGAUCUCCAUUAAGAAGAUCGGAUUCUCCAGCAACCAAGAGACAUUCUUCUCCUGCAAUACCUAAAACACCUUCAAAAACAUACCCACAAUCCCCAAAGAAUACCAAACCAUACCAAGGAUCACCUGUCAAAUACCGAAGCCCCCAUUCUCCCAACCAAGAGACUCCAAAGAAGAAAGCUGACAAAGAGAAGGCAAACAAGGAAAAGGAAGGGACUUUGAGUCAGAAAGCACUUGGAGCUCAUGGGGAUCAGAUAGGGGAGAAGCACCUUGCAGAGAAGCACAUUGCUGGAUCAGGAAAGACUGAAGUUGGUGAAGGGAAGCUCACCGCCGGAACGACUGAUGCAGAGGAGGCCUCCAAAAUCCUGGCAGAGAAGAGGAGGCAGGUUCGUCUGCAGAAAGAGCAAGAGGAGCAAGAAAGGCAGGAGAGGGAAGAGAGAGAGAGGCUAGAGAGGGAAGAACUGGAAAGAAAGGCAGAACAAGACAGGAUUCUCCAAGAACAAGAAGACCAUAAGAUGGAAGAAGAAAGAAAGCAAAGACAAGAAGAAGAGAACAGAAGAGCGAAAGAGGAAGCCCAGAGGAAAGCUAUGGAAGAACAACAGCUUUUAAGAGAGCAGCAGGAAAAAGAAAAGCGAGAGAGGGAACAAGAAGAGCGAGCCAGAAUUGAAAAGCAGAAAGAAGAGAUAGAAGCUAAAGCACGGGAAACAGCUCAGCAGCUGCGCCUAGAACGAGAACAAAUCAUGCUGCAAAUAGAGCAGGAAAGACUAGUGAGAAAGAAGAGAAUAGAUGAAAUCAUGAAGAGGACAAGGAAAAUCGAUGUUUCAACAGAGGUGAAGAAGGAAGAGCCUGCGUUGGAGACUCAGCCCAAACAGGAGACUCAGCCAAUUUUGAAUGUGGAAAAUACAUCAAAGCCUGUUGUGCAGAGUAAAGUAGAAAUCAAUGGAUUAACCACCUACCAAGAAACUAAUGGUGUGGGAAGCUCUGCUCCUAAAACUAUCUCCCAGGAUGUCUUCUCUAAUGGUCUUAAGCCAGUGGCAGGACUCAUCCAUCUGGAUACCCUAGAUGGGAAGUUGAGCAGUCUGGAUGAUUCCACGGAUGAGGUUCAGUCUAUGGAUGUUAGUCCGGUUUCAAAAGAAGAACUUAUCUCCAUCCCCGAAUUUUCACCAGUGAAUGACAUCAUUCCCGGUGUUUCUUUGGAACAGAAUGGAACCAGUCAUGCUAAGGCCAUUGAAGAUCUCUUAGACUUCACAGGCCCUCCAACUUAUCCCAAGAGAUCCAGUGAAACCCUUGCCAUGGAUGACUGUAACAAAAACUUGAUCGAAGGAUUUAACAGUCCAGGACCAGAAAAUACACUUAAUACAAUAUGUUGAUGAAUACAAUAUGCUAUAAUGUAAAGAGGUAGUAUAUGAUGGAGGAAAUACAGACCUGUGAUGCUGCUGGCAGUAAAAUAUGAACUGUUUAUCAUCUAGAGAAGCUUCUGCAAUCCUUGACCACUGGAUUCCAAUAAUCAGAGCUGAAUGUAAUAUUGUGUCUUCUCAAGGAGGGCAUAUAUGCCCCCAAACUGGCUUAAAAAAAAAAAGAAAAAUAUGAAACUUGAUUCUUAACCCUUGAUUGAUUUCAGGGAAGCUUCAUUGUGCUGCAUAUUAAAGCUUUGACCACUGAUCAAGUACUUAAGCUAAUAUCCCAGUCUGAAUAACAUCAAAGACUUCAAUUUGUCAGUUCACUUUAUAAUCAUUCUUCAUAAGACGGGUCACAUAACUAUCUAGAUGUCUUUUCUUGUAAAUACACCUAACAUUUAUCCCAUUUACCUGAAGGUCAUUUAAAAUAUCCUGGACUUGAACAGCAUGCCUGUCCUUGUCAAAAUGGGGGAAGCCAUUCAAGAGAUUUCUUCCUACUAUAUUCUCUUCACCUUCCCUCCCCCUUCAGUCAUGCUUUCUUUCAUUGAAGGCUUUGAAAUGAGUUUUCAUUGAGGAAAUAUAGCAUGCUUUUAACUCUAUAGUUGCUAAAAUUGAGAAGCCCCUCUGGCGACUGUUAAGUUUAGCCAAUUGAAAAAUGAUUGCCAUGAUUUUGCUUUUUAAAAAAAAAAAAAUCUGUCAUUCCUACCUUCUCACAAUUACUCCCAUCUACCUUUGCAGCUGAUUGUAGCAAGUUAACUAUGACAUCGUACAAUGGUUUCUGUUUUGGACCACAGUUCUCCAGAUUACAAUUGAAGUUUCACAUGCGUUUGUCAAAAUAAUGUAUUCCUGAUACAGGUAGCAAAUGCAAUCAAUGGUUUCUGGUGGUGGUAAUGGUGGGUGGGAUUUGUUUGUUUGCUUUUGCUUGUUUUUUCUAUCUUGGGUUAUUGUCUCUCUAUCCACCUUUAUUCAAAAUUAAAUCUAAACAUUUCAAUGAAAACUCUACUACUCUGAGACACUGAUGGGUCCCAAGGGGGCACAGUAUUUUCACUUGCUUUAAUGACAUCAACCUCUGUAACAUGUUGAAACACCUGUAUGGGAAAAUUCCCAUGGAACCUUAUCAUUUAUACACAUUGUGUGCCAUAUGAAAUGUACUUUGGUUCAUUUUGUUUCUUCCAGUGGAAAGUAACCUUCAGACUAUAUCAUUCUUUUCUUCUUUGAGGCCUUGCUAACCUAGUACUUCAAGGGACAAGGGAGGCCAAGAGUUUCAGCAGAUGUCAACAAAAAGUGGGAACAUAGAUAAUAUGAGGAAGUUGAUGGGACACCAUGGUCUCAGUAGUAACCUUGUCCUUGUGCUUUGAAAACCAGCAAUUGUUUAAGAAUUAAAUAGCUAACUAUUAUUCUGUGUGUGUUUGUAUGUACAUAUAGAUGUACAGUAGCAUAUUAAAUAAAAUACAUGCCUACUA